AUGUCAUUGCAUAAACACCAUGAUGAUGAUGAUGAAGACGAUGGUGACGAUGAUGAUGAAGAAGAAGAUGAAGAAGAAGACGAUGAUGCUGAUGAUGCUGAUGAUGACAGAGAUGAUGAAAAAGAAGGAGAAGAGGAAGAAGAAAAACACCAUGAUGAUGAUGGAGACGAUGGUGACGAUGAUGAUGAAGAAGAAGAUGAAGAAGAAGAUGAAGAAGAAGAUGAAGAAGAAGAUGAAGAAGAAGAUGAUAAUGACGAUGAAGACAAUGAUGACAGAGAUGAUGAAGAAGAUAAAGAAAAGAAUAAUGAUGAUGAUGAAAAAGAUGAUGACGAAGUUGACAGAUAA